GGCAACAACAUUCUUGUCUUGCGCCGCGAGUCUGCGCAGAAAAAUAAAAAAAAAUAUUAGGAAAAGAAAUGGCAGUUACUAGAGAGAAAGAAAAUUGUUCAAGAAAAAUUAAUGGAAAUAUACCCGCAUUAUCUCUCAAUAGUGAUAAUAUGUCGACGUCGACGGACAGUGACGACGUAGCGGAUCCUACAUAUGAAAUUAGGAACAUUCAAAGCAUCAUAAACGUAACCCGUGAAAACAUUGACGCUCUGAAUGCAAAAUUUGCUGGUUUCCAGCAUCCACCGUCAUUGUAUUUGUCUGAAUACCAGGAGCUAACAUCAAAGUUGCAUAAUUUAGAGUUACGAGAACGAACUUUACGUGAAUUGCUACAGUGUGAAUCGCCGGACAGAAGUGAGGAGUACUCUUUACAGGAUGACAGUAAAAAGUUCGAUACUCUUACGCGGCAACCGAAGGUGUUUCUGCGGGCGCACCUGCCCAACCAGCAGCGGACGAGUGUGCAGGUGAAGGAGGGCGUGACGCUGCGGGACGCGCUCUCCAAGGCGCUGAAGCUGCGGAACCUGACUUGUGAGAUGUGUGAAGUGGUGCGGACAGGCAAUGACCUAGUGAUACCGUGGGACAUCGACAUUACUAUGAUCGACGCCGAGGAGGUGACAGUACGGACAUUGGACAAGCUCCCGAUAAUGUCCCACAUAUCGCACCAAUUCACUCGGAAGACAUUCUUCACACUUGCUUUCUGUGAGUGUUGUAGGCGACUACUGUUCAAUGGCUUCUACUGCUCACAGUGCAACUUCAAGUUCCAUCAGCGAUGUGCUGACAAAGUACCCAGUAUCUGUCAUCAGGUGCGUAUGACGGACACGUACUACGCAGCGCUGUUGGCACAGAACCCCGAGACGCAGGCUGGCAUCCUGCACUUCCCUCCUCACUUUGGAUACCACCACAUGAUCUCCAGAUCCGACCAGAGCAAGCACCAGCAUCCACGCUCACUGAACCAGCAGGACAGGUCUAAUUCUGCUCCAAAUGUCUGCAUAAACAUGGUACAGAGACCUAUGACCCUCGCAGAACACCAGAGGAAGCAUAAUCAGGGUAACAACAAUUCGCCGCAGUCCUCGAACUACCUAACUUCAGGCAGACACAAACAGGAUGACAAGGACAAGGCUGGAGACCAGCAGCACAGCCAGAGUACACAGGCAUCUCCGACGGGUACGCUAAGGCCGCGACGUGCGCGGGCGCGCUCUGCGGACGAGUCGUGGAAGAACGCGCUGUCACCGCGAGAGAGCUACGAUGACUGGGUCAUACAUGCCGACGAAAUACUCAUUGGGGCCAGGAUAGGGUCUGGCAGUUUCGGAACGGUGUACAAGGCCCAUUGGCAUGGACCUGUGGCUGUGAAGACUCUCAACGUGAAGACACCCACACCCGCUCAGCUCCAGGCCUUCAAGAAUGAGGUGGCAGUACUCCGCAAGACACGGCACUGCAACAUCCUGCUGUUCAUGGGCUGCGUGUCGAAGCCGUCGCUGGCGAUAGUGACGCAGUGGUGCGAGGGCUCCUCGCUGUACCAGCACCUGCACGUCAUCGAGACUCCCUUCCCGCUGCUCUACCUCAUCGACGUGGCGCGACAGACGGCGCAGGGCAUGGACUACUUGCAUGCUAAGAAUAUUAUACAUAGGGACCUGAAAUCAAACAACAUAUUCUUGAGAGAUGACUGGUCUGUUAAGAUUGGAGAUUUCGGUCUAGCUACGGCCAAGGUGCGGUGGUCUGACACAUCUACAGCGGGCGGUAUCCAGUGGCAGCAGCCAACGGGCUCGAUCCUGUGGAUGGCCCCCGAGGUCAUCCGCAUGGAGGAGCCCGCGCCAUACACCUUCCGCUCCGACGUGUACGCGUACGGGAUCGUACUCUACGAACUUAUGGCUGGGGAACUACCUUACGCGCAUCUCAAUAAUAAAGAUCAGAUUCUCUGGAUGGUCGGGCGAGGUUUCCUGCGACCUGACGCUCGCCGAGUGCGCCAGGACGCACCGCAGGCCUUGAAGCGUCUGUUCGAGGACUGCAUCAAGUUCGACAGAGAGCAGCGUCCUCUCUUUCGUCAAAUUCUGGCCUCGCUAGAGUCCAUGCUGCGCGCCAUGCCUAAGAUCACGCGCAGUGCGUCCGAACCGAACCUCAACAGACAACUGCACGCGUCUGACGACUACCUCAGCUAUAGCUGCGCUUCGCCUAAAACGCCAGUCAACUUCCAGUUCAACACCGAUACCAGUUUCCCGGCGUUUUACGGCAUCCCAGUGCCCAACCAGCGGCACCCGUAGGGGUUGCUGAAGGGCUACGACUAACCUCGCAGCGCUAGCGGCGCAACCUCCAGGGAUGGCGCCGCUUGCGCUGCGUAGCUGCCCCGCGCGCGUACUGUAGUCCCCGAGAGUUGGUUAGCACUAGCCUUGGUCUGUAUCACACUCCACCUAGUCUCAGGCACGCAACUCGCGUUCUCGGUGCAGUGCAUCACAGGCGUGUUCUCAAUCAGGCAUUAGUCAGAUCUUUCGAAGGAAAUAUCUUGACUAGUCUACUGGCGGACUGCAGUGUUAUAGCGGCCUUAGCUAGAAUAUCGAACUGUAUUGAAAACCAAUUCGUGUAUAGUUAAAUUUCAGUGUAAAAUGUGAUAAUGCCGGAGGACAAAUGUGAGACAGUAUUUUAUGUGUGGCUUACGACAUAGUUUCUAUCGGGGAGUUGUGAUGGCUGUCUGGAGAGCGCAAGAUAUGAGCUUCAACCGCGAUGCUGUUCAACAGUUGGUUUAACUUAGUCAAAAAUCAGCUGGGACUUUGAACAAGCCGAUAUAAUUGCGACGCUAUGACCACUGGAUCUGUACUAAAAUCAAUAUUGUUUGUGUGUCGACG